CUUACUAAAUUUAUCACACACUGCAUGUAUAAUGACAGACAUCACAAACAAAAAAAAAACAAACCCUUAUUUGGUUGGUCACAGUAGAAACUAAAUUCUUUUCAUCAUAAACGCCAUUAUUCAUUCACAGGAUUCCGUUAGGAAAAUCAGUCCAAUCUACAUUACAAUGUAUUUGUUCAAAUAUGGUCGGGAUUCAACAAAACUACUUGUUUUUAUGAAUUGUCUUUUAAUCGUAGCCGGAGUUAUUUUAACAGCAUACAGUAUGAAACUAAAUUCUGUUCUAUCGGAAUAUAAAAGAAUUUUACACACAACUAUGCCAUAUGUUGUAAUCGUUGUCACUUUCACAGGAAUGUACAGUAUAUUGGUUGUAUGCGUUGGAAUGCUUGGUAUAUUGAUACAGAAGAAAAUGAUCAUGUAUUUGCAUUUAGGUGCUUUCAUCUUGAUCACAUUGGUUGAGUUGAGUAUUGGAUCGAUAUUGUUUUGCCUGAAACAACAGUUUUUGACAGAGAUUCUACAUUCGCUAAACAAUAGUAUUAAACAAUUUUGGAGAAAUUUUUAUUAUCAAUUGGAAUUUAACAAAUUACAAUCUAGAUUUCAUUGUUGUGGUGUGAAUUCAUUUGAAGAUUAUUUACAAACAAAACAACUGAUACCAAUGUCAUGUAUAUCUGGAAUAAAACCAUAUUCAAUUGGAUGUAUUGAUCCGUUGAGUGAAUUUAUCCGACAUUACAAAACUGUUAUCACGUAUCUUUGCUUUACUUUCGGAGUUAUUCAUCUCAUCUAUUUGAUUACUUCAUUUUUAUUGAUUUAUGAAUCAAAUCAAGGAAAAAGUGUUUUCACAAAAACUUGUUGUUCAACUAUGAAAUCGAAAUAUCGAUCGAUAUGUUGCAAGUCAAACAUUUGAUUAUUGAUUUUGAUAUUUCUUACAAAAAUAUGAUUCAACCAUUUAUCGAUUGACAUUUUUUUUGAAAAAUUAUUUCAUUUCAUUUAUACAUGAAAGAACAGGCAAACUUUAUUCCUUAUCUUCUUGCCUUGAAUUUUCAAUCAAUA